CCACACGGUUACUGAGUGACGUCCUGCAGCCGAGCGGGAGGAUAGAUCUGCAGUCUGGUGACAGGUGGAGUCAGAAUGAGAGGGAUGUAGUGACAGUGAUAUCUUUUUUUGCAAAGCUGCAUGGAAGUGUCGCAGAAGAGGAGUGAGCAAGACGUAGACUUGGACAUCAGGAUGGGGGGAGAGAAGAGAGAAGAUUCAGGCUUCUUGAUGGAAGAGGAUGUCGAGGAAGACUCUGGGAUUGGCUUUAAAGUGGAUGGGAGUUUUGCUGUAAGUGCAGGCUCAGCAGAACACUCUGAAAUAGAGGAGUUGGACUGGAGUGGAACUACAGGACACACAGAUGUUGUGUUAAAAAACGUUGAACAAAAAGAGGGAAGUAAAGGAGGAGAUGGAGGAAGUCAAACUUCAGAGGAAGGUGAGACGGAGGCUGAUUCAGGGUCAACGGAGAAUGAAGAGACUGAAGCAGAGAAAAGAGAUGAGAUUGAUGAUCAGAAUGAAUACAUGAAGGAAGAAGAGAUGGAGGGGUCGUUGGAUGUGUGUUUGUGGCCGGUAGAGGAGGGUGGGGGUCAUGUACGCAUCUCUCUGGAGGAGGUGGAAAGAUACUACAGAUUUUCUCGCUGCUGCCACUGGCUGUGUGAUGAGAUCAUGCAGCUGGACAGCAGUCCCCUCCGAGCAGCUGACAUCACCUCCGACCUCAAGAAGCAGUUUGCCAUCCUUUCAGGAGGAAGAGGGGAUACCGGCAGCCCCGUCAUUGUAUUCCCAGAAUUCCCUGCGUUUGGAGAGAUCACGGACGGAGAGUUUCACAACGUGCUGACCUACCUGACCAGCGUACCCAGUUUGUCUUCGACGGGAGUGGGUUUCAUUCUGGUUAUUGAUCGCCGGCAAGACCGAUGGGCAGCCGUGAAGGGGACCCUGCUUCGAAUCGCAGGCUCCUUCCCAGGGAACCUCCAGCUGGUUCUGGUUCUGAGGCCCACCGCCCUCCUGCAGCGAACACUCUCAGACAUCCUCUUCAAGUUCAACAAGGAUGAGUUCAAGAUGAAGGUGCCGGUGAUCAUGCUGAGCUCCAUCACUGAUCUGCACACCUACAUCGACCGCUCUCAGCUGACCCUGGAGCUCGGAGGAACGCAGCACUACUGCCAUGAGAAGUGGAUAUCUCACCGCACUGCUAUAGAAGGCUUUGCGUUGAUGGUAAAGAGAACAGCUCAGAUCCUGCAGUCGUUUGGGACCGAGCUGGCUGAAACUGAACUCCCCAAUGAAAUCCAGGCCACAACCGUCCUGCUGAGCACACAUACCAACAAGAAAGACAAAAUGAAGGGGGAUCUGCUGGUGGCUCUGGGUCAGGGUCGCAGGCUGCUGGAGAGCAUCAAUGAGCCGGUGGUGCGAGACCCCGACCACAACAUGAACCAGGACGAACUGGAGAACCUGGCUACAGUGCAACGACUGUUGUCCCAGCUGGACGAGACAGAAAGGGCUUUCGAUGAGUUCUGGGUGAGGCAUCAGACCAAACUGGAGCAGUGUCUCCAACUGCGCCACUUUGAGCUCAACUACAGAGAGGUCAGGGCUCUGCUGGAUCAGGUGUCUGAGAAACUCUCAACCUUCUCUGAGGUGGGGAUCAGCCCGGCCCACGCUGAACACAUCUUCUGUGAACUCACCACGUAUGAGGAGAGAGUCUGUGACGGGUUGAACAGAGCCUCGUCGUUGGCCCGUGAGGGAGAUGAGCUGAUCCAGAACUCACACUACGCCGAGGACUCCAUUCAGCCCAAAUGCAGCGAGCUCAGAGCGAUCAGUGAGAAUGUGAGCAGCAGCCUGAGGGACAGGAAGGAGCACCUCGUCAAAGCCAUGGAGCUGCACCGCAGUUUGGAGAGAGCGUCUAAAUGGGUCGAUAAUGGUAUUUACAUGCUGGCGUCUCAGCCUGUGGACAAGUGUCAAUCACACGAGGGGGCAGAGUUAGCCCUGAAGGAGCUGGAGCGUUACCUUGACGAUGCAGGCCAGAACCAACUGACGGAACUCGGUAACAUCUGGACCGAGUUCGAGGCGGUGCUGAACCCGCAGUUUAAAGACCAAGUGGAGAAGAUUUUCCAGAAGCAGACGUCCAUGCAGGAGAUGUUUGACAAGAGGAGGGUCAGCCUGAAGAAGCUCGCAGCCAAACAGACCCGGCCGGUGCAGCCGGUGGCCCCCAGACCCGAAGCCUUCAUCAAAUCCCCUCUCAGCUCCCCCGCACACAGAGCUCAGCAGGAGAACAAGUGUUCAGAGACAGACUCUGAGAACAUCUGUGAGAAAGAAAACGACCAACUGCAGAACGGAGACGGUAACACCAGACAUGCCUCUCUGUCGGAGGAGGAGGAGAACCUGGCGGUGCUCAGGAGGCACGUUAUGAACGAGCUGCUGGAAACUGAGAGAGCCUACGUGGAGGAGCUGCUCUGUGUCUUACAGGGAUAUGCCUCAGAGAUGGAUAAUGCAGCCAUGGCUCCCCUCAUCCCCGCUCCUUUGCAGAACAAGAAGGAUGUUCUGUUUGGCAACAUGCCAGAAAUCUACCACUUCCACAAGAGGACGUUUCUGAGGGAGUUGGAGCAGUACACCGACUGCCCAGAGUUGGUUGGAAGAUGUUUUCUAGAAAGGAUGACAGACCUGCAGAUCUAUGAGAAGUACUGCCACAAUAAGCCUCGCUCUGAGAGCCUGUGGAGGCAGUGCUCAGACUGUGCCUUCUUCCAGGAGUGUCAGAAGAAGCUGGAGCAUAAACUCGGCUUAGAUUCCUACCUGCUGAAGCCUGUUCAGAGGAUUACCAAAUAUCAGCUGCUCCUGAAGGAAAUGCUGAAGUACAGUAAGAGCUGUGAGGGGGCUGAUGACCUGCAGGCAGCGCUCACCUCCAUCCUCGGCAUCCUGAAGGCCGUCAAUGACUCCAUGCACCUCAUCGCCAUCACAGGAUAUGAGGGGAACAAGAGUGAGCUGGGGAAGCUGCUGAUGCAGGGAUCAUUCAGUGUGUGGACGGAGCACAAGAAAGGUCACGCCAAGGUCAAGGAUCUGGCCCGUUUCAAGCCCAUGCAGAGGCACCUCUUCCUCCACCAGAAGACGCUGCUCUUCUGCAAGAGGAGGGAGGAGAACGGGGAGGGCUACGAGAAGGCCCCCUCAUACAGCUUCAAACAGUCCCUCAAUAUGAGUGUGGUCGGCAUUACUGAGAAUGCAAAGGGAGACAACAAGAAGUUUGAAAUCUGGUGCAACUCCAGAGAAGAGGUGUAUAUUGUUCAGGCUCCGACGGCAGAAGUAAAAACCACCUGGGUGAAUGAGAUCAGGAAGGUGCUGACCACCCAGCUGGAAGCAUGCAGAGGUACACAAUCGGUUUUAUUACCAACGAGCCAGCAGAGGGCGCCAGAUCAGGUUGUACAGUCUCCUGCUCUCAGUGGAUCAGUGAAUCUCAGUCCAUUCAAAUCCGGUCAGAAGAGCUUAAAGAGAGGAGAGGAGAAGAAAGCUGAGCCCUGCAGCCUGGAGGCAAACUCUUCCUCCUCACCAAAGCCUACAGGAAAAGAAGAGGCUGUGACAAGCCCGACCUCAGACAGAGCUGCUGUGGCUAAAAAGCGCUUUACUUUACAGGGCUUCAGUAACCUCAAAGCUCAGAAAGCAGGUUGUCCUACGAGCCCCGAUCACAAGACGAAACGGCAGAGCGACCCGACGCCAUUCGGCUUCAAAGGCUGGAACAAAACCUCCCUGUCGCUGGACGCCUCAGAGGAGCGUGACGGAUAUUCCAGCGCUGAGGAGCCUCUGAACUCUGACCAUGAGGACGACACCGCCAAUAAGCUGACUGCCGGCAAAUAUACAGUGACUGCUGACUAUGAGCAGGGCGGCGCUGAAGAGCUCUCAUUGAAGAGCGGAGACAUGGUGGAGCUGGUCAAGGAGGGGGAAGACGGACAGUGGUUGGUGCGUAACCUGAGCAGCUCCACAGAGGGCUGGAUCGCUGCUGCUAGUCUCAUCACACUCAUUGGAAAAUCCAAGUCCUGCCAGUCUCUCACCAGCUCAGAAGGCAGUGGCUCUGGAAACCUCAGCACGUCGUCCAGCUGCAGUGAAACCUACACAAACUUCCCGGACAUCAAACCCUGAACUCCUGCACUUCCUCCUCACCAGACUGCCCUCGUGAAUGCUUGCAUCUGUGCUUUGUUGCCAACAUCAGAAGAAUUCUUGUAAUUUUAUUCCACAGAAAGCUGUAUUUUUUUUUUAAACAUCAUGCACACACCAAUUCUUAAGAUAAUGUUAUACAUGUGCACAUGUUAGGGACGUGAAUUGUGUGGUGAAGAAACUGAAUAUAUCAAAACAUCACAGACACAGUAAUGGCACAUUUCCACUGCAGUGGGGUAGCCCCGUUUAAGCGUCCCUAAGCGUCCUUGCUCAGGCCUCGCUGCCUCGCUAGCCGUCCGAGGCCGUGGCGCAUUUCCAUUACAGUUUAGGACCUGGGGUAGCAACGCAGUGUAGGCGAGGCGAUCGGCUUUUUGGCGGGCUUUUUGGGCGGAGCGACGCUGGGUAAAACUGCAGUGGCGUCAUCUUCAAUGUGACACAACUCACAAAACACACACAACAAUGGAGGAUGUGGAAGCGAUCGUUUACUUGUUUCUUGCUGUGUAUAAAAAUGCUGCAAGCUUGCUUCUAGAUAUAUAUGCGACGCUAGGGAUGAUCUCGCGCACGAUCUUGUGACGAUUCUCUCUGACCAAUCAGCAGUCGAGAGUGUUGACGUCACUAGUUCAGCUCUGGCCCGGCCUGAUAGAGCCACGAUUUUAUGGGGCCGGGAAAAGAGGGUACCCGCUAGCCGGUGCUACGCAAUAUGGAAAGGCCACCAAAAACUGGCCUGGCCGCUUGAGGACGAUUAAGGACGCUUAAACGGGGCUACCCGCUGCAGUGGAAAUGCGCCAUAAGUAUAGUCAAAGGAUCUUCCUCCAGUCAUACACUUCCUGUCUGUUUUUUUCAAAUGAAGAACCCUCUGUUCAUAAUGUAAUGAAGUAUGAAUGGGCCAGCAGGACUGAUCUCAGUUGAUGCAUCCAUGUGUGUUCCCAAGUGGGGGAAGAUGUGUGAUUAUAUGCAGAUGACAGUUGUCUUUGUAUAAUCUGCAGUAAUUGACCCAGGCAGGAGUUUAUAAAUCCACUGUUACUGUAAAUAAAACCGGAGAGAGAUAAAUGCAGCUGGUUUAGCUUGAAUGGAUGUUUUCUCAGUGUCUACUCACCCUCUCCUCUGCUUUGCCCUUUAAUAUAUGUUUAUUUAUUUUUACGAAACAACAAAGCCCACUUGUAUUUAGUCACUUUAUAAUUUUCCUGCUUCUCUUACUGUCUUUUUACUCUGUUGUCUGUCUCUCUGUUGUCAUUAGAAACCUGUUCUGCCACCAGCUGCCCAGACUUUGUGUUUUUGGGGUCUCUUACGGCCUCAUGGUCUAACUCUGUGAGUUUUCAUGUACGCUACAGUUUAAAAAAGCUUCUCCAUGUGGAUAAUCAGAGGUCACUGUAAAGCGCUAACUUAUUCCCCGUGGAGGGAUCACGUUCUGAAUGUAGAUAUUGUUCAUUACUUUCCGUCUGUCAUGAAAUGUUUGUUAUUUGAGAUGCUAUAUUAUACAUUAAGUAUGGUGCGUCACUACUUUGUGACUUGUCAUUUUUUUUUUACAUAAACGACUUAUGAUGAAUCAGU